AUGCUCCUCCUCCUGCUCUCCAAAGUCCCUCUUCUGACCCGAGUAGCCAUUCUACACGUCUUGAAGCUCUCGGAACAAUCCCAAUACGUGGAUCUGCAGUCCAACCUGGUGGUGUCGUUUAUGCGCGCUCUCCUAACACCAGCUAAUCCACACUCGAUUUCUUACACCCAGAAGCUCACCACGCGCAACGCAGAGAUCAAGGGACGGAUAUGGGUCAGCUUAUAUGCUUCGCCGCCGCCUCCUGAGACGGACAUCAGAGACUCGCUGCUCCGUGCCAUGGAGAGCAUGAGAGAUGCAAACUUGACAGGAGGCAACACUAGAGUUCCUGAGCUCACAUCUGUAGAAGGUGAAUGGACGGGAUAUCGAGCCGCAGCAUCGAAAAAGGACCCCCUGCCCAACAUUUCAGAGUCCGCCAAAUACCACGAGCUCAUGAAAGAAUGCAAAGAGCCCACCACCGUGCUCUACUUCCACGGCGGCGCGUACUAUCUCUGCGAUCCCGCCACGCAUCGCCCCAUAGUCAAAAAGCUGGCCAAGAUGACAAAGGGAAGAUGCUAUUCAGUGCGAUAUCGACUGGCGCCUCAGCAUCCGUUCCCGAGUGCGCUGCUGGAUGCCCUCGUUUCAUACUUUACGUUGCUGUAUCCGCCUCCAGACGCCUAUCAUGAAGCUGUGGAACCGGAGCAUAUUGUUUUUGCGGGAGACAGCGCUGGUGGAAACCUUGCUCUCGCACUAUUGCAGCUCGUUCUUCAGCUGCGCCGUCUCGAUAUCGACAUCCAGUGGUACGGCGAGAAGCGCAAAGUCCCUCUACCGGCCGGUGUCUCUUGCGUCUCUCCCUGGGUUGACAUCACGCAGAGCUCGCCGUCGUGGCACGUCGAAGAUGCUCAUCCUUAUGACUACUUGCCCAGAAUACGACCUGAUUUCGAAGCUCGAGUUCCCCCAUGCGAGAUAUGGCCGGCAAACCCCCCACGGAAAUUCAUUUAUGCUGACAAUGACUUGGCUGUGCAUCCGCUGGCGACGCUCAUCAUGAAUCGUUCUUGGGAAGGGUCACCGCCUGUAUGGAUGUGCACAGGCUGGGAGAUACUCUCCUACGAGAACAAGGCGUUUGCAAUGAAGCUCUUUGCGGAUGGCGUUCCUUUGGUAUUUGAGGAAUACGAGGCCAUGCCGCAUGUCUUUCCUCUAUUCCUGACUCGUGCGCCCAGUUCACGGCUUUGUGUCGAGAGCUGGAUCAGAUUUAUCCGCCGCGCAAUAGAAAACCCAAAGUCAAUAGAGGCAAGUGCAACGACCAUUAAGGCCCCGACGCUUGAAGAGGUUCCCCUGAACUUUGAUGAGCUUCUAGAGGAUAAGCUUGAGGACAUUCAGGCUUCUGUUUUGAAAAGAGCAGGCGGGGGAGCUAAGAAGACAGAAGUCGCAGCAAGGCUAUGA